AUGCUCUGCCCCAGCUCAGCUGAGAUCUGCUCCAAGUGCUGGACCCUGAUGACCAUUGCUGUCCGUGUCAUCGACCGUGCGCUUGUGGAGGACCUGGGCGUGAGGCAUCGCCUGUGGGUGUACUCGGGCCGCAGGGGCGUCCACUGCUGGGUGUGUGACGAUGCCGUGCGCCGCUGGUCCCCGGCGCUGCGGGCGGCGGCCGUCGAGUACCUGACCCUGGUGAAGGGCGGAGCAGAGACUGUGAAGAAAGUGAACAUCUCCGAGCCCAUCCACCCCUUCAUCAGGCGCUCGGUUGCUGUGGUGGAGAAGUACUUUGAGGCGUAUGCACUGGUGGGCCAGGACAUCCUAGGCAGCCCGGAGAGCUGGGAGAAGGUGCUAGCUCUUGUCCCAGAGGAGCACCGGGAGCCGCUGCAGGGUGAGUUCCCCAGGAAGAGGGAUUCGGUGCAGCGCUGGGAGCUUCUGAAGGGCCGGAUGGAGCGGACACGGCGGCCGCCAGGGGCUGGGAAGAGCGCGCCGUGCUACGCUGACUGGGAGAUCAUGCUGCAGUUCUGCUUCCCCCGCCUUGACAUCAACGUCAGCAAAGGGCUCGGGCACCUGCUGAAAAGCCCCUUCAGCGUCCACCCAAAAACAGGUCGCAUUUCAGUGCCCCUGGAUCUGCAGAGGCUGGACCAGUUCGACCCAUUUGCUGUCCCCACCAUCAGCUCCCUGUGCCACGAGCUGGACACGGCUGGUGAUGAUGGGGAGCAGGAGGACGGCGCGGAGACGGAGCCCAAACGCCGGGCGCGGGACUACAAGAAGACGAGCCUGGCACCCUAUGUGCGGAUCUUCGAGCAGUUUGUGGAGGAGAUGGAGCGUGCGCGGAGGGGAGAGCGGCUCCGGAGGAGCGACCUGCAGGGAGACUUCUGA